AACAGCGUUCACUCCACUCGAUUCGAUUGAAUACACGUGGUUGUGGUGUGAAAAUAUCCAUUAUCGUGAAAAUAUCGCGAUAAUUUAGUGAAAUUGUUUUAAAUUAUCAGCAAACAUGAAGUUUCGCAAUAAGCAGAGCAAGCGCAUGCCGGCCGCAAGGAGAUACAAGAUCGAGAAAAGGGUCCGCGAGCACAAUCGAAAAAUGAAGAAAGAGGCCAAGAAGCAUUCUAAAAAAAAAUCCAAGUUAGUGGAAGUGCCGAACCAGUGUCCGUUUAAAGAAGAUAUAUUGAAAGAAAUAGAAGCAAUGAGGAAGCAGCAGCAGGAGGAAAAACAGAAGCAGAAGGAAGCGGCGCGCGAGAGAAAACGCGAGGAGCUCACCAAGGUUGGCCUCCAGGGACUGGUUAAUCAGGCGCAGAACAAGCAGUUGGCGCAUAAUCCCAUGGAAGUAGAUUCUGCCCAUGGUCGAGUGAAAAACGCCGUCGCCAAGGAAGAAAAUUCACUGAAAGCUUAUUAUAAGGAAUUCAAGAAGGUGCUGGAUGCAGCCGACGUCAUUCUCGAGGUUGUGGACGCUCGUGAUCCAUUGGGAACGCGCUGCAAAGAGGUAGAGGAAGCAGUCCUAUCUGCCAGGGGAAACAAGAGGCUGGUGUUGGUUCUGAACAAGGCUGAUUUGAUUCCCAGGGAAAAUUUAGAUCAAUGGCUAAAAUAUUUGAGGGUCAGUUUACCUGCUGUGGCAUUUAAAUCGUCCACGCAGAAUCAAGCGAAUCGAUUAGGUAGAAGAAAAUUAGGAAAGAAAAGGGAAUCCAUGAUACAGAGUAACACUUGCUUCGGAGCGGAAUUGCUUCUGUCGCUACUCGGAAAUUAUUGCAGAAACAGUGACAAUGUAAAGACAAGUAUUCGAGUGGGUGUCGUUGGUUUGCCAAACGUAGGAAAGUCUAGCGUUAUUAAUUCUUUGAAACGUAACAAGGCGUGCAAUGUGGGAAAUACACCAGGAGUAACAAAAACGAUGCAAGUUGUUCAUUUAGAUUCUAAGAUAAAAUUAUUGGACUCACCUGGCAUAGUAUUUGCUAAUUCGGAUGAGAAUUCUGAUGACACGUCUGUAGCUCUGAAAAAUGCAGUGAAAAUCCAAGCAUUGAAAGAUCCUUUUGCGCCAGCGACUGCGAUUUUGAAAAGAGUUUCGCGACCGCAGCUAAUGGAGUUGUACAAUAUGCAAGAUUUUUCGACGCCGGAUGAAUUUUUCGCAAUGAAAGCAGCACGAAUGGGAAAGUAUAGGAAAGGUGGAGUGCCUGACGCGGCUGCUGCCGCGCGCGGCGUUAUUGAGGAUUGGAAUUCUGGAAAAAUCAGAUAUUAUACAGUGCCGCCUGAACAAUCGGAAAGUCUCAUAUCCGCCGAGAUAGUCAGUCAAAUGGCUAAAGAAUUCGACAUCGAAAGUUUCGCUGCGGAAGAAAAAAUGAUGCUCGACAAUUUCGCGACGGAUUCUGCGAGUGACCCCACCACAGAUCCCGUGUUGAUCAAUAGCACAGGACCCGUCACGGCGGCAAUGGAGAUCGAGAUGCAAAAGGAAACGGAAUACAAAGUGCAGAAGAAAUUAAAAAAGAAGUUGGAAAACACGAAGAAGGAUGCGCCUGCUGAGAGAAAAAAGAAACCAGAUCCACUUUUCGAGAUAGAAGGCAAUCAGAAAUUGAACAAGCUCAAGAAACUUCAGUUCAAGAAGGAAAAAAAAGAUCGAUUGAAAAGAGAAAAAGUAGCUACCAAGCUAGCGGGACAGCUUGAAGGAUUUAAACUUACUUCCGAUGAUUAUGACUUCAAUACGGAUUUCACAAAUACAUAGGCCAUCAAUACUUUUUCCAUAUGCCAUGAACGUAUAUGCGUGUGUAUACAUAUAUACAGGGUGAUGAAGAAUUAAGUGCCAUAAAUUUGUGUGAUGAAAAAAA